CGCCGCGCCGCGCGCCGCUCCGGGGAGCGUUCCAGGGCCUCGGGGUGACCUUGGCGGAAGAUACAGGUGUAAAGUUUCCCUUUCCUGUCACAUCUAAGCACACAAGCUACAUACAUUGUGCAAGAGUGGACCUGUUCUCACAAGAGUUGCCAUUUGAUGAGCUGAAGACCACCUCUUUUAUGAUUCAGGGGGCUGCUGCAUUGAGAGAGGUGGCUCACCUAGGCCUUCUGGCUUUCCUGUGCCCUGCGGUCCUGCUUUCACAACAGCAUGAGUGCAGAUUGGCUUGACUAUGGUUAUGCAGCACUGGUUGCUUCAGGUGGAAUCGUUGGCUAUGCAAAAGCAGGUAGUGUUCCUUCCCUAGCUGCUGGUCUCCUGUUUGGUGGUUUAGCAGGCCUGGGUGCAUACAAGCAGUCUCAGGAUCCAAAGGACAUUUGGCUUUCCCUGUUUGCAUCUGGAACCUUGACUGCUGUGAUGGGAAUGAGAUUUUAUAACUCAAGGAAAUUCAUGCCUGCUGGGUUAAUUGCUGGUGCCAGUCUGCUAAUGGUGGGCAAACUUGGGCUACAGAUGAUGGAGAAACCCCUUCAGCCAUAAUUGUGAAACAGACAAAUAGCAGAUUAAGAUGCUCAAUGAGACAGCUUUCGGAACACCCACUUGAAACAAGCAAUGAAGACAACUGAAAUUCUUGUGUAUGGUUUUUAAGUGCAGGAUCUGCAAGGUUAUUUGUAACUACCAAACCAGUAUGUUUCAGUUUCACCAGGUUGUUCUCUUUCUUGGCUUCUUUUGCAAAUUUGUAUAGAGACAAUAACUACAGAAUGUGUGCUUUGCUUGUUAAACAUGUAUAAAUUUAUACUAAUAGCUUUAAUCAUGCAUUGUUUUAAGCAUGUUCCUAAGCCACCCAGAGAGCCUAUAGCUAAAGGGGCAGCAUACAAAUUAAAUAAAUACAAAAUAAUUUUGAGCACUUUAAGAUCAUGAAUAAGGAAAAUGAUGAUGUUAAGCAAUAUCCUAUCAUGAAACAUGCUUGCUUAACUCGUACCUUGUCUCCCCAUCCCUAGUUCUGCAACUGUGUUUAAAAAAAAGAAUGUUACUUGCUGUAUACAGGAAUGCCUUAAUGGAAAUGUGUAUCUGUUCUUAAGUGGUCACAAUCAGGGUAACAUGCUACAGAAAACAGCCUAAAAUCAGUACUUUAUCCCUUUUAAUACUAGGUCAAAAGGGAUUCUUGUCAAAAGCCAUUGGAAUAAAUACUUACUAAUUUUAAAA